GGUGGUAUGGUUGGGUGUUUGUUUUUUUGCGGGAGGUGUCCGGGAUCGCACGAGGGCGGGGCGAAUGAGAGGAACGAGGGCAGAAAGGAAAGCAUCAAGUAGAGUCUGGUUUAGGUCGAUCCUUUCGAGAAGCGAGGUCCGACUUCUGCCCCGCUACCAGAGUCGCUGCUCUUGAGCUACUGCUGUAGUGUAAAAGAAGCAACUCGGAAGGAUCUGUUACAGCGAACCUCCUCUAGUUGUGCAGCGCGCUCCUCUGCAUGUCUACUCAGAAGUAAGCCCCACUGAGUUCAAUAGGGCUUGCUCCCAGGGAACUGUGUCUGUGGUGAACAUGUUGCAUCCGAAGGUGAAAACUGAAAAGCCCGAUCUAGAGACAGCCAAUGCUCGAAGCCGCCUCGAUGCUGUGCUGCAGGGCCUGCUGGAGAAGUCCGACAUUGAUCGGGAGCAGAUGGAAGAGGACUCUGGAAAGACACCGUUGGAUGCGCUCAGCAAGGACUCUUCUCCUACUGCCCCAGGAAAGAGGCCCUCCAGCCGGUUCCCCCAUCAGCGCCGCAAGAAGAGGAAGGAGAUGGAUGAUGGACUUGCCGAGGGUGGACAGCAGAAACAGAACACCUAUGUGAUCAAGCUGUUUGACCGGAGCGUGGACCUGGCGCAGUUCUCUGAGAGUACCCCGCUGUACCCCAUCUGCCGGGCCUGGAUGCGGAACAAUCCCAUGGUGCGCGAGCAGGAGCGGUCUCCCAGCCCGACUCUGCCUGCCCUACCCGAGGAUGAGGAGGGGGCUGAGGGACAGAACGGGAAGUGCCAGGAUGUGUACAAGCUGCCGCCUCCUAUCCCCUCCCACACAAAUGCCACGGGGGAGCCGGUUAACCUGCGUGUCCCUUCCCUGCUAGAGCCUGAGGAGGAGACAAAAGUAGCUGUUGACACGGCUCCUGAUGCCAUGCCGUCCAUGUCCUCCCUCAUCUACAAGAACAUGGAAAGGUGGAAGAAGAUCCGGCAGAGGUGGAAAGAGGGAUCGCACAAGAAUCAGCUGCGCUAUGCUGAGAGUAUGAAGAUCCUGAAGGAGAUGUAUGAGCGGCAGUGAGGGGUAGGGGAUGUUGGUUUAGAGCUGGAGUCCUUUUGUAGCCUCCUCCUUCCUUGAGUCUUUUGUACUCCUGGAGUCCUUUGCCUCAUGGAUUGGCAUUACUGUUUCUGGUUUUAUGUAUCAAUAAAUACAGUAUUUGGAGUA